AGUUAUUGUCUCUCAAAACGGCCAAUAAAACUGUUCCCUCCUUUGGUCGGUUACGCUUCUUCCAGCAAAGAAAGACACAAAACAGCAGAGAAAAGGUACUUCGCCAGUUCACUAGGGUCAUCUCCUACCCCGAUCUCCCUGUACAUUAUUAGGGUUUUAGUUUGUUCUUCCCUCCCCCAUAUUACUCCUUGUAGAAUUCAAUUGCACUCGGAAAAUCGAUUGCAAUGAGCAGUAAUCAAGAAGAUCAGUUCAAUAUGUCCGAUCUUAGCUCCGCUCUCCCUUCUGCUACUUCUGCUUUUACUGAUGAGGAUCGUGCUGGACUUGUUAACGUCCUGAAGAAUAAGCUUGAGAAUUUGACUGGAAAACAUCCUGAUUUCUUGGAUACUCUUUCAUCCAAUGUUAGGCUGCGUGUUGGUGUUCUUAAGGAUCUUCAGAGUCAAUAUGAUGAGCUGGAGGCUAAGUAUCUUGAAGAAAAGGCAGAACUGGAAGCAAAGUAUAUGAAGUUGUAUGAGCCAUUAUAUUCUAAGAGAUAUGAAAUAGUCAAUGGUUUGACUGAAGUUGAAGGAGUUUCAGAUGAUACUUUGGUGGAUAAGGAAAAUAAUGAGUCAAAGGGAGAUAAAGGUGUACCAAAUUUUUGGCUCACUGCCAUGAAGUCCAAUGAAGUGCUAGCUGAUGAGAUUUCUGAAUCUGAUGAAGGAGCUCUUCAGUAUCUAAAAGAUGUUAAGUGGUCUCGAAUUACUGGUGCCAAGGGUUUUAAGCUUCAACUCUUUUUUGAUCCCAAUCCUUAUUUUAAGAACUCUGUGUUGUCUAAAACAUAUGAGAUGAUCAACGAGGAAGAACAUAUUUUAGAGAAAGCAAUUGGGACUGAGAUCGAAUGGUAUCCAGGGAAAAAUUUGACCCAAAAGGUUCUGAGGAAGAAAUCUAAGAAGGGUUCAAGAAGCCCAAAGCCACCAAUUACAAAAACUGAAGAUUGUGAAAGCUUCUUCAACUUUUUCAAUCCUCCACAAAUCCCUGAUGAUGAAGAUGACAUGGAUGAGGAUAUGGCUGAACAGCUUCAGAAUCAGAUGGAACAUGAUUAUGACAUUGGGUCAACAAUUCGAGACAAAAUCAUUCCUCAUGCUGUCUCUUGGUUUACCGGUGAGGCUGCCCAGAAUGAUGAAUUUGAAGAUGAUGAUGAUGAUGAUGAUGACGACGACGACGACGAUGAUGAUGAUGAUGAUGUUGAAGAUGAUGAUGAUGAUGAUGAGGAUGAGGAUGAGGAGGAUGAUGAUGAUGAAAAUGUAAACAAUAAAAAGAAGUGAUGAGUUUGAGUACAAAAACCCGUAUGAAGUUCAGAAAAAUUGAAUUACUGAUGAAACAAAGAUGUGGCUACGUGUAUUCUUUAAGAUCACACCACGUGGCUGAUUAAAAGUGUGCAGUUGUGGUUUUUCUCCUCUACUUUUCUUGUUUGAUUCGUUUCAUGUCCUGUAUUUAUCUUCUUCUUCUUUUUUUAUUGGAGACACUCAAAUUUUUUAAUAUCACUUCACUAUUUGUCAA